GUGCACUUUUGUAUUCCGUGCAGUGGUGCGGAAGCACCACGCUAUCGGCGAUAGCUUGUCACUGUUGGCUGUGUACUGCAGCGUCGUAAGAUCAUCUUGACUACUUUCGCGUCUUCAUUCUGGACCAAUCAUGAGUUGUGCUGAACCUGAAAGUCCGCCCUUUCCUUAUUGGGUCAACAAGCAGUUCAUAGAGUCUGUGCUGAAUAAUGGAAAUGAGGGGACUGCACUGACGGUGAAAAUAUUCGAAUCUGACUCUGCCUCCAAGCGGGGCAUGAGCUUCUCAAGCGACGUGAUCAGAAUUGUCGCGGCUGUCAGACCUGGAGAAUCCGACGCCUAUGAAAAGAGGAGCUUCGUACUGAAGUACUUGGAGAUAGAUUGGGAAAAGGAAGACGUCCCAAAGGACUUCCAGACGGAGACAAUGGCGCUGGAUGAAGUGAUCCCAGAGGUACAUAAACUGCUGAGGAGUGUGGAGGGCGAGGCGUUCCGGCCUGUGGCGCCGCUCUGCUAUGUGGCAGGCAGCACGCCCUUCCCGUUCCUCGCCAUAGAGGACCUCUCGCCAGCCGGCUUUAGGACGGCGGAUGCUGCCCUCCCUCUGGACUACGAGCAGUGUGCAGCAGUGGUGCGCGCCUACGCCCGCCUGCACGCCGCCUCGGCGAGGGUCCUCAAGGACCGGCCACACUACAAAACGCUCUUUGACCCAAAGGAUACCAUGAAUGAAGGUCUGCAGGAGUACUACAGGCAGUUCUCUGACCAUCUCUUCAAAGCUGUGGCCCGGCAGCUUAGAGCUCACAGUGGGUUCGAAAGCUACGCUGAAAAGUAUGAACGGCUUGCAGAAAAAUUCACAAACGACUUCUUCAGCUACUGGAGGUCAACGGAAAUAAGGCUGCCAGUUAUUCUGCACGGCGACUGUUGGAAGUACAACUACAUGUUUGCAAAUGUGGAUGAAAAUAAUAUAGAUGUUAGGCUCAUAGAUUUUCAGGGUAGCAAGGUGCACAGUGGGGCAGCGGACCUGCUGCACUUCCUGUACAGGAAUGCCAGCGUGGAGGUGCACCGCGACCACCUGGACACGCUUCUGGCCGACUACCAUGGCACGCUGGUGGCGCUCCUGCGUCAGCUGGACAUGGCUGCCGAGGCGGACAGCUACCCCCUGCAGGCACUCGUCGAUGACGUGCAGGUGGGCGGCGCCUGUGCCGUCUACUACAGCGCACUGAGCCUCAUGUCGCUUACCUCGCACAGCCACACUUCCGAGUGGGGGAAGUUUUUCCAAAUCGCCGACGGUUCGGCGUCUCUCAUGGAAGAUGUUUUCAGAAAUCCCCACUAUGUUUCGUGUUUGAAAUACCUUGCACCAGUAUUUGACAGAAAGGGUCUUCUAUGAGUUAAGGUGAUAGCAGAGUGGUCUGGUGAUGAAAGAUCCUAUAUUGACUAGAACAGUGGUUCCAACCUUUCUUAGACUAUUACACCUGAGUGCAAUCAGACGUUAUGUGGAACCCCCCUCCACCCCCCCCUCCCGUCCCUGCUCUCUGUUGCACCCUACUCCCC